UAGGUAAUAAACUAUGUUAAACACAAAAAUUACAAAACUAAAAGAAAUAUAGAUUAUAAAUAUGCCAUGAAUUAAAUACCUCAUAAGUGUCUAGUGCAUUUAUAUUGAGCAUUUAUUUAUUACUAUCUCAAUAAAAUAUAAAAAAACAAACAAACAUGAGUUACGAGGAAGAAAUCCAGCCAUUAAUUGUAUACAGCUCUUUACAAAGUAGGGAAUCACUAGAUAACUUCACUUUUCAAAACAUAAACACAGAUCCAGAAUUCGACCAGGUCGUACAUGGUUACCGUAAAUGUAGAUGGCGGACGAUUUUAAUGCACAUUCUAUCGACACUAACUUGUGGUAUUCCUUAUCUAUUUUUCCACUGGUGUCCCACAUGGCUGCUGUAUGUAACCUCCGUCAGAUGUUGUUUUCAAAAUGCUGAUAAAGUUUUAGUUAUUGAAACAUUUCAGAAGAAGUGCAAAAGUUAUUUCAUUCAUAAGAUAAUUGAUAAAAAUAUUGCCGACGCAAGUGGAUUAUUAAAUGAAGGCUUUGAAGAUGAAUUCGGCGGUGAGAAAGGUCCAUUGGAUAGCGCAGAUGAUCUGUACACUCCGUUACAUUUGGACGACGGAACUAAAUUAAAUGUCCAGCAGUAUCGAUACUUCCGUCACAAAAAACAGUACCUGAUAUGGGACGCGUGUCGUGCGCAGUGGGUGCGCCUCGCGGGGGUGGAGCGCGGAACCACGUGCGCACAGCUACACGCCGCCGCCGCCAGGCCGCCCUGCACAGAGCGGCGAUUGCGAAUAUUAAACAUUUAUGGUCUCAACGAAAUCAAAGUGCCAGUCCAAUCGAUAAUGACGCUAAUUAUGUUGGAAGUGUUCAACCCGUUCUACGUCUUUCAAUUAUUUACGAUAGCCGUCUGGCUGGCCGAGCCAUACUACUACUACUGUAUUGCGAUCGUGCUCAUGUCCACGUUCGGUGUUGCCACAUCGGUUAUACAGACAAAAAAGAACCAGGAGAGCCUGCGCGCGACGGUGGAGGCGCACGACACGGUGGAGCUGUGGGGCGGGCGGCGCGUGGCCAGCCGCGCGCUGUGCCCGGGCGACGUGCUGGCGCUGCCGCCGCACGGCGCCACCAUGCUGUGCGACGCCGCGCUGCUCACGGGCGCCGCCGUCGUCAACGAGAGCAUGCUCACCGGAGAAUCAGUGCCAGUAACAAAAACGGCUUUACAAAGAAUCGACAAAGAGUUCAAUUUGAAGGAACACAACUCUAGCGUACUGUUCUGCGGCACGAAAGUUAUCCAGACUCGGUAUUACAAUAACGAACCCGUUAAAGCACUGGUCCUGCGCACAGGAUACAACACGAGCAAGGGUGAACUGGUUCGAAGCAUCCUGUAUCCCGUUCCCGCUGAUUUCAAGUUUGACAGAGAUUCAUAUAAAUUUAUAAUCAUUCUAGCCUGCAUUGCUCUUGUAGGGUUGGGGUAUACUGUUGCUUUAAAGACAUACAGAGCUAUGACAGUGGGAGACAUAAUUAUAAAGGCACUAGAUAUAAUAACAAUAGUGGUACCACCCGCGCUACCUGCCGCUAUGACGGUAGGUCGUCUGUACGCAGUGGGAAGACUCAAGCGUGCCAGGAUUACUUGCCUGAACACCAGGGCCGUUAAUGUUAGCGGAUCGUUGGACUGCAUUUGUUUUGAUAAGACUGGAACGUUAACAGAAGAUGGCCUCGACAUGUGGGGGGUAGUAACUGUCAGUACGGCCUCAUCCCCUCCACUUUUAGGAAGACCUCAAAGAGACCCGAAACAGUUAAACGACCUCCACGAAUUAAAGAUAGGAAUGGCUUCCUGUCACAGUUUGACUUUGUUAAACGGGGAAUUGGCUGGCGAUCCACUGGAUUUAAAGAUGUUCGAGUCGACGAGCUGGCUCCUCGAAGAGCCCGAUGUGCCCGAGCAGGCCAACUAUGACAUGCUCACACCGACCGUUGUGAAGCCCCGGGGCGCUGCUAACAUCAACGUUGACGACCUACAUGUCCCCUUGGAGGUAGGCAUCGUCCAGCAAUACCAGUUCGUAUCUCAGCUGCAGCGCGCCUCAGUGGCGGUCCGGUUACUGGGGGAGGACGUGCUGCGAGUGUACUGCAAGGGAGCCCCGGAGACUUUGCGCACUCUGUGCAAACCGCACACCGUGCCUGCAAAUUUGGACGAAGUGUUAAACUCGUAUGCAGAGAAGGGCUACAGGGUUAUCGCAAUGUCGACGCGGAUUUUGGAAGCCACGUUCAAGCAAUUGCAGAAGAUGAAAAGAGAGGAAGUGGAAUUAGAUUUAGAAUUUCUCGGUCUCAUAAUACUGGAGAAUCGUCUGAAGCCCGCGACUACGAGCAUCAUAAGAGAGUUGAAGGAGGCCAACAUACACGUCGUUAUGAUAACUGGCGACAACCUGCACACGGCGCUGAGCGUGGCGCGCGAGUGCGGCGUGCUGCGCGCCGCCGAGCGCGUCGUGCUGCUGUCGGCGCGCGGCGCCCGCCUCUACUGCCAGAGCUCGCGCCACGGGGUGAAUGUGGGUGGUUGCGUGUCGCUGGAGCUGGAGUGUGCGGGGGAGACGGGGGCGGCGGACAGCGGUCGCGGCUCGUGGCGCUCCGCUAGCGGCUCGCAGGAUGCAGAGACGGGCCACAGUGAGCCGCAGUAUAAGAUCGUCAUGACUGGCGACACGUGGAAGGUGCUGCGGACGCACCACGCGUCGCUGGUGGGUCGCGUGAUCGCCCGCGGGGCCGUGUUCGCGCGCAUGUCGCCCGACCAGAAGCAGCAGCUCGUGCUCGACUACCAGGCGCUCGGCUACUACGUCGGCAUGUGCGGCGACGGCGCCAAUGACUGCGGCGCGCUGCGGGCGGCGCACGCGGGCAUCUCGCUGUCGGAGCUGGAGAGCUCGGUGGCGGCGCCCUUCACGGCGGCGCAGGCGGACGUGGCGUGCGUGACGCGCGUGCUGCGCGAGGGCCGCGCCGCGCUCGCCACCAGCUUCGGCGUCUUCAAGUUCAUGAUCGCCUACUCGCUCACGGAGUUCCUCUCGGUCGCCUUCCUAUACUACUUCGACUCGAAUCUCACCGACUUCCAGUUCCUGUUCGUGGACGUGGCUCUCAUCGUGAACUUCGCCUUCUUUUUCGGCAAGACGGAGGCGCACUCGGGCCGGCUGUGCAAGGUGCCGCCGCUGACGUCGCUGCUGGGUCUCGUGCCGAUAGCGUCGCUGGUGGGCCAGAUGCUGUUGAUAGUCGUCGGUCAGUACCUGAGCUACCUGGCUCUGACCCAUUUCCCGUGGUACGUGCGACACACGUACGAGGGCGACGAGGCCAACGAGUGCUGGGAGAACUACGCCAUCUUCACGAUUUCCAUGUUCCAGUAUGUGACCAUGGCGAUAGUCUUCAGCCAUGGCUCCCCCUAUAGGCGCUCCGUGGUCACGAACAAGCGGCUGAUGGUGAGCGUAUUACUGAUGACCGCUAUUUGCGUUUACGUAACGGUGUCGCCGGCGCAGUGGUUAUCAAAGUUCCUCGAACUCAGGAUGCCGAAAGAUUCUCUUCUAUCCUAUAUAGUAUUAGCUUUGGCGUCUUUUAAUUUCGUCCUGGCUCUGUUCUUCGAGAGAGUCGUAAUCGAAUAUAUGAUGGAACGAAAGCAAAUGAUACCGAACUUCCUGAAGGAGAGACACGUGAGGAAGACUCCGCAUCUGAUGAUCAAGCGACAGUUGACGGAUAUGGAUUAUUUGAGCUGUGAUAGUGUUAUUAAAUACGAUAAGGAAACGAACGGUUCGGUGUUUGAUUCUGUUUCGGAAUAAAAUUAAAAUUAACGAUAAAAAAACUUUAUAGUAUUUACAAAUUCUUUUUUUCGAAUUUCGAAUUAAAAAUAAUAAAUAUUUUUACAGUUCAAAAUUUUUUUAACCAAUUUUAAUUUGAUUUUAUUAUAUCAAUAAACUGCCAUAUACAGAGUUUUAUACUACAACUUUGAUCUCCAUAUGAGAUAUAUUUGUUUAUAUUAUACAAUUCAAAACAUAUGUUAUAUGUGAUAUAAAA